CGCCCUCUGCGCCCCGCGGCGCCCCCCGGUCCCGCCCGCCAUGCCCGGCCCGGCCGCGGGCAGCAGGGCCCGGGUCUACGCCGAGGUGAACAGCCUGAGGAGCCGCGAGUACUGGGACUAUGAGGCUCACGUCCCGAGCUGGGGUAAUCAAGAUGAUUACCAACUGGUUCGAAAACUUGGUCGGGGAAAGUAUAGUGAAGUAUUUGAGGCCAUUAACAUCACCAACAAUGAGAGAGUGGUUGUAAAAAUUCUCAAGCCAGUGAAGAAAAAGAAGAUAAAACGAGAGGUUAAGAUUCUGGAGAACCUUCGUGGUGGAACAAAUAUCAUUAAGCUGAUUGACACUGUGAAGGACCCCGUGUCAAAGACCCCAGCUUUGGUAUUUGAAUAUAUCAAUAAUACAGAUUUUAAGCAACUUUACCAGAUCCUGACAGACUUCGAUAUCCGGUUUUAUAUGUAUGAGCUACUUAAGGCCCUGGAUUACUGCCACAGCAAGGGAAUCAUGCACAGGGAUGUGAAACCUCACAAUGUCAUGAUAGAUCACCAGCAGAAAAAGCUGCGACUGAUAGACUGGGGUCUGGCGGAGUUCUACCAUCCUGCUCAGGAGUACAAUGUCCGUGUAGCCUCGAGAUAUUUCAAGGGCCCGGAGCUCCUUGUGGACUAUCAGAUGUAUGAUUAUAGCUUGGACAUGUGGAGUUUGGGCUGUAUGUUAGCCAGCAUGAUCUUUCGAAAGGAGCCCUUCUUUCACGGACAGGACAACUACGACCAGCUUGUUCGCAUUGCCAAGGUUCUGGGUACAGAUGAGCUGUAUGGUUAUCUGAAGAAAUAUCACAUAGACCUAGAUCCACACUUCAACGAUAUCCUGGGACAACAUUCACGGAAACGCUGGGAAAACUUUAUCCAUAGUGAGAACAGACACCUCGUCAGCCCCGAGGCUCUAGAUCUGCUGGACAAACUUCUGCGAUAUGACCAUCAACAGAGACUGACUGCCAAAGAGGCCAUGGAGCACCCGUACUUCUACCCCGUGGUGAAGGAGCAGUCCCAGCCUUCUGCAGACAAUGCUGUGCUUUCCAGUGGCCUCACGGCAGCCCGGUGAAGACUUGGAAGGCGACGGGUAAUGCGGCAUUGAUGCUUGCCAAUAAAACCAACCAACCAAACCCAAAUCUUGAAGGAAAACUACAAUGUGAUAAAAAGAAAUUCUAGUCAUUCCUUCCAAAUGCAAAGAAGAGUAAAGACCUAACUGUCUGUCAAAAAGAAAGAAAUCCCCCAGUACUAGUCUACAGGGAGCUGCCGUUGUGGCGGCAGGACGAUGCCCAUAGUUCAGGAUCUGAGGGAACGCUCCCUUUGGAAUGCAUGGGAGAGGAGAGACUCGGAGUUGUUGUCCAUUUACCUUUAUUUAACAGGAGGUCACUGUUGAAUUAACCCGUUCAGUCAACAAGCUCUGAAUAUCUGACUUCCUAUCUAUUCCACUGUGGUCUGGGUUUCCUUUGGUGUGAGAUUCAGGCUCAAGAUUUAGCAAAACGUCAGCAGUCUAUACUGACACACCAGCCUCAUUUAUGAAAAGGAGAUAUUAAAACAGUGACAGUAUUUUUUUUUUUAAGCUCUUUUACAAAUUCAUGUUUUAUGUAUUUUUUUAUGACAUGAGCUCUCUGGGAAAUGUACCUCACCCCUGCAGUUUUCUUCUAAGUGUAUUCAUUUGGGAGCACACUGCAGGCGCUCACGAGAGGCCCCUUCGCCGUCAGCAGGCAUCACUUGAAACCUUGUGACGCCGUGAACAGGUCCCUCUGUCUCAUCAGAAGUUUGAUGCGCAGUGCAUAACUUGGAGCUCACUGUAACCUUUGUUGAUUUACCUAACCAUAAAAUCUUGUUGCUAUUUUUUC